AUGGCUGCAAGAGGGAGGAGGGUUUUCCUCCCAAGAGAGGAUCCAUUUGAUGGCCUGGAUGACAAGAAAAUCAGAAAAGCGUAUCGGUUUACAAGGAAUGGGAUCUUACAUAUUGUGGACAUUAUCAGGGCAGACUUGGAGCACAGAACCCAUCGGAAUAGAGCCUUGCCAGUACUUCUUCAAGUUUGCAUUGCUCAAAUGUUUUAUGCUGGGGGCACGUUGCUCUACCAAAUUGCACGUGCCCACAAAGUGAGCAAGGCUUCCGUGUCUAGAUGUAUACGGAACGUGACAUUGGCACUCGUUCAACGACGACGCGAGUUCAUCAAAUUCCCUACCGGAGCUGAGGCCGAUCGUGCGAAGCACGAUUUCUUCGUAAUAGCAGGUUUCCCGAGUGUUUUGGGAGCUGUUGAUUGUACACACGUAGGCUUGAACUCAGCAGUCCUCGGUGCCAAUGAAGCCAUAUACGUGAAUCGAAAGUUUCGGCACUCCAUCAAUGUGCAGAUGGUUUGUGACGCAAAAUACGUCAUCACCAACGUCGUUGCGAGAUGGCCGGGAUCAGUCCAUGAUGCACGAAUCCUUAACAUGAGCCACCUUGGAGAUUUUCUGCAAAACAGAAGGGAAAGUGGUUACCUCUUGGGAGACAGUGGCUACCCCCUUAGACGAUGGAUUCAAACCGCGUUUGGUCAAGACAAAGAUGACACACCUGCAAAGAAAGCCUAUAACAGGGCACAUGCACGGACACGAUGUUUGAUUGAAAUGACUUUUGGACAGCUGAAAAACAAGUUCAGGUGCUUGAAGGGGCAUGGAAUGCAGAUGGAACCAAGGAGAGUAUGUGAUGUUGUUGUUGCAUGUGCAGUCUUGUACAACAUAGCUAAGUUAUUAAAUGAACCACCAGACGAAGAAGAAGAAGCGGAUCAACAGCCUGAAAAUGACGAGGGAGGAAAUGAUGAAGUCAAUGUGGAAGAAAAUGAUGCUCAUGAGUACCAGGUUGGCCAGAUGGUACAAAUGGAUAUUGUUAAUGAUUUCUUUACAUAAUCUAGCUAAUUUAUAUGUAUAUAUUUUUUGAAGACCCAGACCUGACCCAAAAGUAAAAUUGACAAAUCAUAUACCAAUCAAAAGUUUAUGAACUACUGAAUAGAGCAAUGUAAGCUUUUUCACCACUAAGCAGUUGAAUAUUUUGCUUUAGAAUAGCUCUAACUAUUGUGCUUUUCAUCGGCCUCAAAAUUGUGAAGUAAUGUUGUGUUAACGUUGUGAUUCCAUAGCUUUGUACACAUAAAAACUGAAAUAUUGUCAGUGCCUGUUUCCUCUCCAAAUGAAAAGAAAGUGAAUAUAUAAAUCUGGAAAUUUGAAAAUCAACCAUUUUUUCUGUGUAAAAACCUUUGUAAUCGUAACACUCCUGACGUCACGUUAUUCAGACUGUAAAAAAAAAUCAAUAAAGCCUUUUUAAGCAAUAUACUCAGCUGUCUAGCAGUGAAUAUCUGACUUACAACGUUGCACUAUGUAUUUCCCACUUGUAAAGUUCACUCGUAGCUUUAAUCUUGGUCUUUAAGUUAUGUUUUCAGGUACAU